AUGUUUCACCUAAUUCGUCGAGGAAGAGAAAACCUUCGACUUCUCACGAAGCAGUUGUUCACGACAGGAAGAAAGUUUGUUUACCAGGCGGCUGACGAAUUAGAUAAGAACAAAAGAGGCCAUGACAAAGCAGACGAUUCCCCAGGUGAAGGACGUAUGUAUGAACAAGACGGCCCAUUGUGUCCAGUGAAGGCAUUUGAACUUUAUUUAGCAAAGCUGAAUCCGAAACGAUCUUGUUUAUGGCAGAAGCCUAAAGCAAAGGAACAUUUUAAAGAGACCGACGAAGUCUGGUACUGUAAUGUUCCUGUUGGUAAAAACACUUUAGGUACUUUAAUGAGUCGGAUUUCCAAAGAGUUGGAACUUUCACAAACAUAUACAAAUUAUCGUAUUAGGACGACAGCCGUCUCGUUACUUGACGAGUGUAAUUUUGAAGCUCGUCAUAUUAUGCGUGUUUCUGGGCAUAAAUCUGAGAGCAGCAUUCGCUCGUAUUCCAGACGACUCUCAGAGGUAAAACAAAAACAAAUUUCACACUCGCUCAGUAGUGCUUGCUUUAAUAGUACGAAUGCCAGUAGUUCUAGUGAAAUUGUGUUAGUAAACGAAGCAGAAGAAAUAGUUUAUACUGAGUCUGAAACUACAAAUUGCCCACAGUCACCUGUAUUGACUCAGAAUUUUGCCUCUCACAGCCAAGAAACUGUCAAUUUUCAUUCUGGAGCUUUUCCCGGGGCAAAU